AUGGCAGAAAAUCCUAUAAGGCAUAAUCAAAACCUUUAUUGCCAAUACCAUCAAGACCAUGGACACACUACCGAGGAUUGCAGAAGCUUGUGGAACCAUUUAGACCAACUGGUUUGGGAAGGGAAAUUAAAGCAACUCUUGCAUCAUUCCAGUGGCCGGGGGAGCCAAACGGGUUCAAAGUUUUGGGAAAAUGCUUCUUCGAGACUCCCUCUAGGCAUGAUCAAUGUCAUAUUUGUUGCCUUAAGGAGGAAUGGAUCUUGCCCCUCCAGAGUCAUGUCAGUAUCUCGUUACCCAGUUGAGGAAUUCAGUUCAAUGCCGAAGAGAGUCAAGAUGGGCAUCCCACUGGUGUUAGGUUUUUUAAAUGAGGACAAACUUGGAACCAUACAACCGCACGAUGAUGCUUUGGUGGUUACACUUAGAAUUGGUGGGUACAAUGUGAAAGGGUGA